AUGAUGCCCAAUAGGUUAGGACUCGGGAUGCGCCCCCCUUUGGCGUCGUACGGUGGACAGGGUCCCUCAAUGCAAGCUUUGGCGCAGCAACAGCAACAAAUGCAGUUCAUGCAGCAUCAAGGUCCCAAACCCGCCACUCUAUUUGUUGGGUCAAUAUCUGGCGGUAUUACAGAUGCAUUUCUCAACCAACUUCUCGGAGCUUGUGGCACUGUCAAGCCAAUCAAACGCCUGAUAACGCCCGCCAACAAGCCACAAGGCUUCGGUUUCGCAGAAUUCGAGGAUCCCGAUGGGGCGCUUCGAGCAAUGGAAUUGCUGAACGGGGUCGAACUUCCAGCAUUGGAGGAUGGCUGUGCCAACAAGAAGCUCCUGAUCAAAGCAGACGAGAAAACCCGCCUCUUUCUCGACGCAUACGCCUCUCAAAAAAUGAAGACUGACCAAGAUGAACAAAAGAAGAAAGAGGCCAAAGCCAAAAUUGAUGAACUGGUGGCUGAUAUCAACCGGAUUCAACAAGACGCGGCCAACAGCGGGUUAAUCGACAAGGAGAAAUAUGUCAUCCCUCCUCACCUGCACGACCUCCAAGAAUCCGACCUUCCUGAAACACAGCGCGGCCUCGUCAUAUCUGAAAUUGCCCAAUUCCGCGAGCGUGCCGCGAAGAGAGAACGGGAGAAACUGCGUGACGUCCAGGCCAGCAUUCCGACAUUGCUACCAAGUGGACCAAAGUCAAGGGAAUGGGGCAAGUCUGCUUCCAACACUCCGAACGCGAAGGGCAUGGGGAAAGGGCCUCAGGGUUAUGGACAGCCACCAGGGUUCGUGAAGGGGGAGGCGGGUCACGAGGAGAAGCCACCUGUCAACAAGACUGACGAAGAGUUGGAAGCGGAGCGGAAGGAGGCACGGCGGAGGGACGAGGAGAACUCAUUCAAAGAUCGAGAACGACGUUAUGAACCUCGUGAACGACAGCGGAUACAGGCUAUAGAGCGUGCCAUCGCUCGAAAGGAAGCUCAGCGGGAGGCAGAGGAACGAGAUAGGUACGAAAUGAGGAAGCGACUAGACAUCUGGGACGAUGACGAAAGCGACGAGCUUUUCUAUGUUGAUCGAUCGAGGUGGCGACACCUGAGAGCCAGACGCCUGGAAGCCGAAGAGGCAGCGGACGAGAAGUCGCGGAAAUACGAAGAGCAAGAAGCCGAAAACCUUCGCAAGGAGUCGGAAGCAUUCCUGGCCAGGCAGAUGGACGAGUUGCAAUCCCUGGCGGAAGAGCAGCGCAAAGCAGGCAUGCUCUUGGACGACGGUGCACCUGUUAAGCUCAACGUUUCCAUUGCUGCUGCCGGCGCGGCUGCCAAGGAAAAGGAAGCCCCGAAGGAGAAGACUGCGGUGUUCGUGGAGGACGAAGAGGAGGAGGACGCUCUAAAGAAACGGAAGGUUCCUCUUGUCAAACUCGACUUUAGUGUUGCCGAAAGCAGCGAACAGAUUCGAGAACGUCUGCUCAGAAUCAAAGCUUCGGUGCCUCACGACAAGGAGUCCCUGUUCAAGGCGAAGGUUCGAUGGGAUGGUCUGUCUGAUUCAAUGAUCGACCGCAAGUUCGAACCCUUGGUGAAACGAUUGAUGACGAAGUAUCUUGGUGAAAUGGAAGAAGAAGACCUGAUCCUGUUCGUUAUCGAGCAUCUGAAGGACCACAAAGCGCCUCAUAAGCUGGUUGAAGGACUUGAACCCGUACUCGAAGAAGAAGCCCUCGAGCUUGUCAUCAGUCUCUGGCGGCAGAUCAUCUUCGAGAGCAUGGCUUACAAUGAUGGUAUCCUUACUGAAGAGAUGCUCGUCGACGACUAAGCCCGCGCGAUUCCCUACCUGGUUCACAUACACCAACUUGAUGUGUACACGCGGAUGUGGAUCGUCACCGUCCUGUUGGGCCAGGUGCGUUUCGUGUAGUGUUGAGUAUCCUUUGCUGCUGAGGAGCACUGGUUCGACGAGUCGUACUUUCUUUAGGCAUUACUAGGAAGAACUGAUGCUGUUUUCUAUCUUCUCAACCGGUUCCCAUGUGUUAACUAUUACGUGAGUUCGCCUUUCCAAUCUAUUCCGAUGC